AUGGAUCCCAUGGACUACACGAUGACCGACCCCCACAUGAAUCAGAGCCGGCCACCGAACACCGCUUCUCGAUGUCCUUAUCAGCAAUCUCAACACGCUAUCAACGGCGGGUUGGAUUCCCAAGCUCGCGAUGGCCAGCACUACGAUCCCGUCCACGACACAAAUACCUGGGGCUUCCAGAGCAACCGCAAUGCCAAUAAUAACCCGAAUAUCCCCAACCGAGCUGCCUUCACAGCACAACACAACAUUCCACAAUGGGAACACGGAUCAUAUGCCCCGAUUCAUAGCUGGCAGGGCUUCGGUGAUGCUCAACAGGGCAUUCCAUCCCAAGCUCCUGACCCUUCGGUAUACAGCCAACAGAACGGGCCUAUGGGGUUCCCCAUAGCACCUUGGGGUGACAUACGUGCCUUCGAACCGCUCCCAUUUGGUUAUGGCGCCUUCAUGGAACAACAACCACCCGCAAACAACCACCCUCAUCCAGACCAGCCCAACGGGAGAAAUUCUGCUCGUGUUUCUUCAGCGCCUGUUCCUGGCCUCGUGCCACCUACGUUUAACGCUGGAGAACCCAGACUGAACACCUCCUCGAACAAUGUACCACAACGUCAUUUUCCUCGACAGCCCAGGCUGAACACUUCCUCGAAUAACAUACCACCUUACUAUAUUCAUCGACAUGUCCGGCUGAAUUCCUCGAAUCACCUACCAGACCCUACACAACGACAGCCUGUCGAUGCAGCUGCGGAGGGCUCCAUACAAAACCCACAGCUGCCUCCAACAUCCUUGGAACAGAGAGGAGCUCCCCAGAGAUCAUCGAGGUAUAACGGCCGAAUGUCGAACUGGCUUGAUCCCACAACACUCCCAAGGCGACGAACAAUUAAUGCCUUGGACUCAGACGAUGAUGAUGACGCCGAUAUCGAUAUCGAGAGUCGCCAACGAGAUCCCGAGUUGUAUUUUAAUCUGGAAAGGGAUGAGCAGCGCGCCUUGGCAACUAUGCAUAGGGCGAUUGCGGCAAGCAAGAAAGUGCCAUCUAAAGAAGCUAUCGCCUCGUUAGAAAAGGUUAAUGUCCAGGAACUUCAAGCAGCUGAUCAAACAUGCAUUAUAUGCUACAAUGAAUUUGGCAUUGGCAAUCCUGAGGGGGUGAUUGAAAGUCCUCUCCGCCUGCCAAAGUGCAAACACGUUUUCGGCGAUAAAUGCAUCAAAAAGUGGUUUGAAGAGAACGAUAGUUGCCCGUACUGUCGUGAUAAGCUUCCAUCUGAGCUGUCAGUCAGAAAGUCGGUUGCUCUGGAGUCUCUACGGCAGCAGCGAGAUCGUAUGGCAGUUGCAGAAGCUCAUAGAUACCGGCUCCAUGGCUUUCAUAACCAGGCAUUUUCUGAGGAAGCUGGAAGGAACGCUACCACAGGCCUCCAGCAGCGAACACAAGACGACUAUGACUACGCGAUAAGCAGGGCCGCUGAGUCGUGGGGGCAUUCACCGCCACAUCGAGCUUCUCCCGCCGAUUCUCCUGAGAACCGAAGACGACAAAUCCGAGGGAGAAUUGGAAGUAGCCGGGCUGCUUUAUUAGGUCGUCCAACAUCAGUUGGGUCGGCUAGAUUUGUCAACCCGACUAUGAAUCAUCAGAAUGCCUCCCAACGGGCCCAAGUCCUGGGUAUUGCCUCAAGUAAUCAAGGCUCUCAUGAUCGCCCAGUUUGA